GUACCGUAGUGGCAGCUAGACGAGCAAGAGAGAUAUUUGCAAGACGUUGCCUUGUUUUACCGGUACCCUGUGCUCAAAAGUUGCUUGUGCCUAUUGACGAUGUGCCUAAAGUAGAUAUACAUAUAUUGAAAGCAAAAUGUUUGAUCAAUUCAAGGAGAAGAUACAUUCUGUCCAGCUUGACUUGAAUGCUGGGUUGAAGUCGCUCAGUGAGAAGGCUCGAGAGGUUGGACGAUCAAAGAAACUCCCUGGUGAAUUGCAUGUUCUUGACAGCAAAACAGCUGAUCUUUCGGCGUUGAAACCAGAAUGUAUAGAUGCUGGAGAUGAAAUCCUCAACAGGUUUCAACUGAUGUGGACUCAAAUUCAUACCAACAUUGAAUUUUCUGCAGACAAAGCUAUGAAAAGUGACAAGGCUAUCCUCGAGUUGGUAGAGCAGCAUGACAAACAGAUCCAUGUUUGGAAGCAGCUACAGACCAGACUACAAGAAGUACCCGGCAUGGUGACCCAGAUACAGAACCUGGCAGUCACUCUAGGUAAGCUGGAAGCCAACUUUGAGGAGAUUGAGAGUAUGCUAGAGAGUCUUGGUGACACCUGUGAGGAGGAGGAGUUGCUAGGCAACAAGAAGAUACAGCUGGCAGAGUUAAUGAAAUACAAGGAGCAAAAAUCAAAAGAGAGGCAACAUAGAAGAGAACGCCUGCUAGAUGAAUACAACCAGAAGUUCCGUCGAGUAGAAGACGAGGAGGAUGCUAAGAAGAAAGAGAGACAGAAAGCCUUCCAAGAAGUCUUUGCUGCUGACAUGGAUCACUACCGAACACAUGGAAAAAUGUCAGCACCAGUGACUCAAUUAUCCCAGGAAUUAGAAAACAGACUCGAUGAGUUUGAGCUUUCCAUCGGUAGAGAUGACCAACAAGCCCUAGAUGACUUCCUGGGACCCGAUGAUGAUGACGACGACAGCGAUGUUGAUCGGAGGUCGGUCAGAAAAAGAGUUCCUUUGGUCAAGGAUGAUGUAGAGGAUAAGAAAUAUAAUGAGGGUAAUGAUGAUGAGGAUGAAGAAGAGGAGGAAUUUCAAGUCAACUCUACGGAAGGCACCGCAUCAGUGGAAGAGGAUGAAUCUAAAGUCAUCUCUACGGAAGGCACCGCAUCAGUGGACGAGGUAGGGCGGAUAGAAAAUGGACAGAGUGGAGACAAAGAGCAACAAGGAGAAGAGAGUAAAGGAAGUGGUUCUUUAAACCCAGAGGAUGCAGACGCCAAAGAUAAAGGAGAUUCACUUCAAGAUCAAGCACAUGUCGAGGAGGAUGCCAAAGAUUCCACAGAAGCUCCCAGCGACAAGCAACAACUCCCGGAGGACGCAGCUACCAAAGACAGCCUCCAAGAGGAUGACUUUGGAACCCCAGAUGAAGAUGAUGACUUUGGAACACCAGAUGAAGAUGCAGACGAAUCGUCAACGAAGUCGUAGCAGUUCACUGGAUCUUGCAUGGAUAACAGGCCCACCUCCCUCUUAAUGGCACCUUAAAGGUAUAGACCAGUUCUGGUCAUGCGAUUGCAUUGUGAAAGAAACGUUGUGGAAUCGAUCAGUAAAUAUAUAUAUGGGACUACGGGAUAUCUA